UCCGCGCAGCCCCGGGGGCGCGCGCCAGCUUCUGAGCGGAGGCCGCGGCAGCCGAGGCGCGAGCCGCCCGAUAAUGGCGGCCUGCAGAGCUCAGGAGCGGGAGAAGCGGCGGCGGCUGCCCUGAGAAACCUCGACCUUGAAGAUGGUGAGUAGCCAGCCAAAGUACGAUCUAAUACGGGAGGUAGGCCGAGGUAGUUACGGUGUUGUGUAUGAAGCAGUCAUCAGAAAGACCUCUGCAAGAGUAGCAGUGAAGAAAAUUCGAUGCCACGCACCUGAAAAUGUUGAACUAGCCCUUCGAGAGUUCUGGGCACUAAGCAGUAUCAAGAGCCAACACCCCAAUGUGAUUCACUUGGAAGAGUGCAUUCUACAAAAAGAUGGGAUGGUGCAAAAGAUGUCCCACGGCUCUAAUUCUUCCCUUUAUUUGCAGCUGGUGGAGACUUCAUUGAAAGGAGAAAUUGCCUUUGACCCCAGAAGCGCCUAUUAUUUGUGGUUUGUGAUGGAUUUUUGUGACGGAGGAGACAUGAAUGAGUAUCUGCUGUCCAGAAAGCCCAAUCGAAAAACUAACACCAGCUUCAUGCUUCAGCUCAGCAGUGCUCUGGCUUUCCUGCAUAAAAACCAGAUCAUCCACCGAGACCUGAAGCCUGAUAACAUCUUGAUUUCUCAGAGCAGACUAGAUACCAGUGACUUGGAACCCACGCUGAAAGUGGCCGAUUUUGGCCUAAGUAAAGUUUGCUCAGCAUCUGGGCAGAAUCCAGAAGAACCUGUCAGUGUGAACAAGUGUUUCCUUUCCACGGCAUGUGGAACAGAUUUCUACAUGGCUCCUGAGGUAUGGGAAGGACACUACACAGCGAAAGCUGACAUCUUUGCUCUGGGAAUUAUCAUCUGGGCGAUGCUGGAGAGGAUCACCUUCAUAGACACAGAGACAAAGAAGGAGCUCUUGGGGAGUUACGUAAAGCAGGGAACCGAAAUUGUGCCUGUUGGGGAGGCACUUCUGGAAAACCCCAAAAUGGAACUUCUCAUCCCUGUGAAGAAAAAGUCUAUGAAUGGGCGAAUGAAACAGCUGAUUAAGGAAAUGCUGGCUGCAAACCCUCAGGAUCGUCCAGAUGCUUUUGAACUAGAACUCAGAUUAGUCCAAAUUGCAUUUAAAGACAGCAGCUGGGAAACGUGACCUCCUGCGCGCAAGCAUCUUAAAUAGGUGCUGCUCCUGAUUCAACAGAGAUGCAACAUUACAUGGCCGAAAAGAAGACGGAAGUCAGACUCCACUUUUUAAGGGUUUAGGUUUUAUUGUGGGGUAGUUUUUUUUCUCUUGUUUUUCUUAAUCCAUGCAGGCCAUCUUAUUGUAUGUUUUGAAUGUGUAUUACCAAUGUGGGUGUAAAAAUUUUUUUCUUUAAAUCAUUGGUAAAAGUUUGGCAGAAAAAAAAAUUCUCUUAAGAGCCAAGCAGAGAAGAGAGUCCAAUUUUCUGGAAAAUUCUUUUAAGUAUUUUAGACAUUCCUUGUCAGUAUUAGGCACUUCCAUGGAAAAAGAGGUUUGCAUGCUGGUAAUGCGACCUUUGAAGCUUUGUAAAGGAAACAUAUAUGUAUAUAUUUAUGUACAUGUAAGUAUGUGAAUGUGUGAAUUUUGCAUUCCACAUGAAGAAAAUGCCACUUCUGUUUAAUUUAUUUGAUACAGGUUUGGGCUUUUGAGAUUUGCUGGUGAAAUUGGUGAUGAAAACCACACAGACCACCUCUCACCCUCCUUCCCUGCCCCUCUUACUACUGGAAACAUGGCUAAGGGUAUUUGUUGUUGUCUUGUUUCGUUUUCCCAGUUUACGUCUCUUUAAAGGCAUCAUUUUGGAGGGUCUAAAAUGGCUGAUUAACCACAAUUGAAACCAAGCAGUUCAAACUGCUGAAGUCCGUCCGCGCUCUCCAGAGCCCCGUAACAUUUCGAGUUGACUUAGUCAUUCAGUCUCACGGUAGAAGGUCGGCGAGGAUGCUGAUGGCUCGCUCAGACCUUUAGGUAACUGAGCAUUUGUUUAAUUAAAGUACUGCACUGGGGCGGGCGUGCACUGGAGCAUCUGCCGUAACCUGAGGAUGCUAUUCUUCUGUUCUGAAAACAUUGCUUUACACGACUGUAAUACUUGAUGUGUUGAUUUCAAGUUUUAAGACUUUAUAAACAUCAGCAUAAAGUUGAAGAAACAAAUGAGCUCAGCCUCGAGUCGCUGGCCCUGGUGUGUCUUCCUGUUGGACCACUGGAGUCCCUGUCACUCUAACUCUGAUGCGGUUUUCUCUUGUCUCAGGUGAGACAGUAAUGGGACUGGUAAUCACUGUCAUAAAUAUUGGUCGCUUUUUUCCAAAGUGAGAGGUGAUGCAUACAGAGUUUGGGAAUGGAUAAAAUUCUAUGCCGUCAACUGCUUCUGAGUAGAAAGUUGUGGGUUUCAUACGGUCUCCUGGGAUUGUCUGUCAGAAAGCAAGACUUAACUCCUGAAGUGAAAUUCUAACUGCAUGGCUGUCUCCAGAUUGUUCCUGCUAAUGCGGGAAAGGUUGCUUUCUUACACCAGAACAGCAGUCUUUAAGAUGAAGUAGAUUCUGCCAUGAUAUCUAGGGAAGCUUUAUAAAGCACGAGAUGCCCACCUCCGGUGCUGGGGUGAAACCUGGGGCCUGGGGGUGUGACAGAGCGGCACACCACUGACCCCAUGGGAGCUUUAUAAAGCACUAAGAUGCAAAAGCCAAAACAGUGCCAGCACAUUGACAUCACAGUUCUCAUCAUCUCAUUGCUCCAGCCUCUACACCUUCGCAGGAGGGGUGGUCGCAGCUCAGCGGAGAGCGCUUGUCUCGCAUGUGAAGGCUCUGGAUUCAGUCCCAGCACUCCAAAAUCAGUAAAUCAGUAAAUAAAAUGUGUUCAGAGGGUAAUAAAAGAUAAAACAGAAAAGAUGGAAUAUGUAAAAUUCUAGCUGAAUUAAUCUGGAAGUUUAAAAAAAACAUGAACGGAGAGGCUUUAAUUAAAUAAAAUCUCAUCAAAUAAAAAAAGGCACAUAUACUUAAUAUCACUUGCAGACUUAACUAAAAUAAUUCUUUCAGAAAUAAGCGGUGGAAGUAUACCGAGCCUUCGUGGUAAUUGACCCUCUGAGUCACAAAGUUGACACGGAUCUGACCAGGGGAUUGAGUUGCAGGAAAUUAGAAGUCAUUAUAAUGCGUAACCUACGGCUUGGCCUGCCAUCAGAUUGACAUGCGAUGUACGCCAACUAGUACCUGUGUCCUUGAAGCCCUGGUGUCCUAAGCACAUAGCUUUUGAUCCCGCCUUCUUGAAAAUAAUGAGUGAUUUGGUUUGUCUUUUGUUUUGGUUGGUACUGGGAGCAAACCCUGGGCCUUGCACGUGCUACACAAAGGCGUUACCACUGAGCUAAAUGUCCAGCCCCAGCUAUAUUUAUUUUGAAAGAUUUUUACCUGUGAAAAAGAAGCCUUCAUUAGAGGUAAGGGUUCGAGGGGAUCAGGAAAUUUCUUCCAGAAUGUUCUCAAGCCCUUGUGUUCUAAAAUAGCUUAUGAUAUCAACAAAAAGGAUAGUAAUUUGUCUUUUGUUCCUUCAAAGGUAUUUAUUAAGUACCUACUGUGUGCUCAGCACUGGUUUAGUUGCUACAACAAUUUAAGAUUUGUAGUUGUAGGGGCUGGAGAGACUGCUCAGCAGUUAAGCGGACUUGCUAUUCUUGCACAGAACUGGAGUUCAGUUCUCAGUACCCAGGUAGGGUGGCUCACAACCACCUGUAACUCCAGCUCCAGGGGAUCCAACACACAUGCAUAAUCUAAAAACUAAAAACAAACCAUUUUUUAAUGGCACUUAGCCAAGCACUUUCUCCAGACUUGGGUAAGAAAUAAACGAUGAGUGAUACUUGGAAAUUUUGGAUAUUUGCUAAAAAAAAUAAAAAAUAAAAAUAAAAUAAAAAAAAAUGCAAUCAAGAAAUUGUGCACAGUGCCUUGCCCAUAAUAGGUACUCAAUAAACAGUUAUUCCUCAUAGUCUGUUGCCAUGGUUUUUAGUGUUUUAUGAAAUUUGUCUUAAUUGAGAAAAAAAAAAAAGACCAAAUAUUUCAAAGCUUAAAGGCAGCUGUGUCCAGUCCCUGUAGGGUUGUACAGUUAGUUCCUAGGGUGUUAAUUUGCACUAGUUGUCACUUAGAAACUUGGGGUUCUGUAGAUUCUUGGUGCUAAGGGAUACUUUGUCAUUCUGAUGAAGUAAAUGUUAAGUGUCAGAUAAAUAGCACAGAAUAGUUUUCUGCAGGUCUGGGUUUUUGUUUCUGUUUUUUUCCUUGCUGUUUUUAAUUGUAAAAUGUUACCAAUCAAACUGUUGUAGCAGCUACAAAAUAAUUCACCAGCAUGACAAAAUAGUCAAAAAGAAAAAGAUGUCAUCAGCACAUCAGAAACAAAAGCAACUUUAAAACUUUUCUUUUAAAAUUGUCAAAUAUAUUUUAUGAAGAAUUUAUAAAGGGGAAAGUAUUGUAAUUUAUUGUUCAUGAGGGUUUUUUUUUUUUUUAAAUAAAGUGAAUUUCAACAACAACAACAAAA